AUGCGCAAGCCGAAGCGAUUCUCGCUGCCUCUCUUCCAACUUACCAUUCUCUCUGCGUCUCUUCGUCAAGUCGUAGGUGCUGCUCACAGUGCCUCUGUGACCUGGAUGAGCCCGUCCGUCGGCGAUGUCUUUGCAUCGGGAGACACGAUCGUCGGACAGUGGAGUUCGCAAGAUGGAUUCGCUCAGCCCUCGUUUAGCCUCUGCUCGUCUAGCGACGGUGACAGCGAUGACGGCGGAGAGAAUUGUGGAGCGGAUGUAUGGCCGAUUGUGAACCAAGACAGUGGCUCGUACCUCAUCUACCUCUCAACGCCGGACAUUUCGACGGCUGCGCGCGUUUAUCUGCGGAUGGACGACAAUAGCGGACAAACAACUGAAUCUCCUCAAUUCUCCUUGAGCCCGAUAUCGUCAAAUUCGUCGACCGGCUCCUUAACGAACCCAAACGCCACUUCCAUUCCCCUCGCAUCUCCGUCCGCAUCUGCUGCAUCAUCCCUGCAACCUCUGCCUGAUCUCGCUUCCACGGCUAUGCCCGCGCCCACGGCUGCAUACGCCGUGCCCCUAUCACUCGUCGUGUCCGUCCUGCUCGCUGCAUGUGGUUUGGCCGUCCGACAGCGGCGCAAGCUCCAGCAGGAACGCGAACAGGAGGAACAAAAGCUGAAAGAAAAGACCUGGUAUGAGCGCCAGAAUGAGAAGAACGACGCCUUCACGCGGUUUCCUGGCAUCCGAAGGCAGCGGUCGCGACUCAGUAACCCUGGCAGCGUGGGCGCAAGCGAAGUCGGUAUGCGUGGCGGCAGUGCGGAGAGCAUCCGCUCAGGAUGGGGCUCGCGAGCCUCUUCGCCAACCGCCGCUAUGAGUGCCGACGGGUCGUGCCGCGGGUUCCCGGACCUACAUGCGGAUUUUCACUCUCGCCUUCACAGCAAGGUGGACGACGACCAGCUCUCCUUGUACUCCGUCGCGUCGCUCAAACGGCAGCCCAUGGUCCGCCGGGCGACCCGCGAGGUGUUCUGCCCUCGCCCGCAGACGCGCCCUGACAUGCAUACCCUCCCGCGUGGCCAUGCGCCGGGGCGCACCCCUGGGCAGCGGCGCGCGGGCCGGGUCACCGCGAGCGCGUUCCGGGCGGGCGUGUCCCCCGUCCCGCCGGUGAUGUCGCGCUUCCUGUCGGGCGCGUCGGAGUGGGACUACGGCGUGCGGAAGAGCAGCCAGCGGCGGAGGGAGGAGCGCGUGAACGCGUCCGUGGAGGACGAGGUGGUGGAAUGCUACUUCAUGCCGUCGCCCGUCCCGCCGGCGCAACCCGAGCGGCUGCACGUCAGACGGUACACGGCGGACGUCGACAAGCCGCUGCCCGAGAAACCGGGUUCUGAGAAGUGGUGACGUGCGCGCCUGCGGUGCGCCGGCGGGUCGCGGAGAAGGCCGUUCGGGGUUUUGUCCUCCUCGAUGCCUGCUCUUCAAUUUGCAAUGUUCAACAAUGGGACGUCAAGAUGAAGGGGUGUUCUUCAGUGGGAAAAGAUUAUAGGCAAUCAUCGCUAUCGUCUGGGGCGAGUCGAGCCCUACCGGCAUCUGCACCCGCACUGGACUGCAGGGUCUCGGGUCUCGAGGAUGGUUGAUCUCGCUUUAUUUGCUGCUCGGAGAGUGCGCUGACGGACGAGCGUCCCCGGGCUCUCUUUGCUGUACCUAUGUCCGAUAAGAAUGCGGCUUUCAUUCGCAUCGCGGUCUCACCUGC